AUCUCAGUCUCCCUGAAGCUGCAGUCGGAGGUCGUGGAGAACGGGGAGAACUUCUCUGUAGGAGAGAGACAGCUGAUGUGUAUGGCCAGAGCACUGCUCAAACUCGAAGAUCAUCUUGUUGGACGAGGCGACGGCCGAUCGACUCAGAGACGGACUCUGAUCCAGCACACCAUCAGAGACGCGUUCCAGGACUGUACCAUGCUGACUAUCGCUCACCGCAUUAACACUGUCCUGGAGUCAGAUCGUAUACUGGUCAUGGGACGCCGGAAGGGUGGUUGAGUGUGACAGUCCAGAGGUCCUGAUGCAGAGACCAGAUUCUCAGUUUGCAGCUCUCCUGACUGCAGCCAACACCGUCAACACAUGAGCCUGGACACACUCCCAUCUGUAGUCUGGACACACCCCCAUCUGUAGUCUGGACACACCCCCAUCUCUAGUCUGGACACACCUCCAUCUGUAGUCUGGACACACCUCCAUCUGCAGUCUGGACACACCCCCAUGAGUCUGGUCACACCUCCAUCUGCAGUCUGUACACACCCCCUUGAGUCUGGACACACCUCCAUCUGCAGUCUGGACACACCUCCAUCUGCAGUCUGGUCACACCCCCUUGAGUCUGGACACACAUCCAUAUGCAGUCUGGACACACAUCCAUCUGCAGUCUGGACACACAUCCAUCUGCAGUCUGGUCACACCUCCAUCUGCAGUCGGGACACAUCCAUCUGCAGUCUGGUCACACAUCCAUCUGCAGUCUGGACACACAUCCAUCUGCAGUCUGGUCACACCUCCAUCUGCAGUCUGGACACACAUCCAUCUGCAGUCUGGUCACACAUCCAUCUGCAGUCUGGACACACAUCCAUCUGCAGUCUGGACACACCUCCAUCUGCAGUCUGGACA